CAUGCAAGCUCUUCUGCUCAUGUUUGCUGGAAGCUAAGUGGCUAUCCCCUCUCAAACUAGCUACCAAGAUAAAUGGUAUGCGAGUUAUCAAAACAGUUUUAAUUUGUAGAUAAUCAAAAUAUUCGCGUAGCAUAUCCCAGAUUUUCUCGAUCACUAUGGAUGAGGAAUAUUAUGGGACGGUUAGAGAUUGGGAUGGACCUGACAGCAAUUUGGAGGACGGCUAUGUUGAGGGGGAGAACGAUGGAAAAGUGCAAGAGGACUGUCUGCAGAAAUUUUCCAGCAGAGAUUACAUCAUGGAGCCAGCCGUUUUUAACACCCUCAAAACGUAUUUCCAAGCCGGUGGCUCACCCGAGCAUGUGAUUCAGCUCCUGUCAGAGAAUUACUCUGCUGUGGCUCAGACUGUAAACCUUCUGGCAGAGUGGCUCAUUCAGAUGGGUGUAGAGCCAGCACAGGUGCAAGAGCGGGUUGAAAAUCACUUGAAAAGUCUUCUUAUUAAACACUUUGACCCUCAAAAAGCUGAUUCCAUCUUUACCGUGGAGGGAGAGACACCUGCUUGGCUAGAACAGAUGAUAGCCCACACUACCUGGAGAGAUCUCUUUUACAAGCUAGCUGAGGCACAUCCUGAUUGUCUGAUGCUGAAUUUUACUGUCAAGCUAAUUUCAGACGCUGGGUACCAAGGGGAGAUCACCAGUGUGUCAACAGCAUGCCAGCAGUUGGAGGUGUUUUCCAGGGUCCUUAGGACUUCUUUGGCCACCCUACUAGAUGGAGGAGAGGACAACCUGGAGAAGAACCUUCCAGAGUUUGCUAAGAUGGUGUGUCAUGGGGAGCACACAUACUUGUUUGCCCAGGCCAUGAUGUCCAUCCUCUCCCAGGAGGAGCAGGGGGGGUCAGCCAUGCGCAGGAUUGGCCAGGAGGUACAGAAGUCAGCACAUCAAAGGGGCCAUGAUGCUAGUCAGAUUACUCUAGCAUUGGGCACAGCAGCAGCCUACCCGCGAGCCUGCCAGGCCCUGGGAGCUAUGUUGUCCAAGGGGGCACUCAAUCCUGCUGAUAUCACUGUACUAUUCAAAAUGUUCAGCAGCAUGGACCCUCCUCCUGUGGAACUGAUCAGAGUGCCUGCCUUCCUUGACCUAUUCAUGCAGUCACUGUUCAAGCCCGGCUCUAAGAUCAACCAGGAUCAUAAACACAAGUACAUUCACAUUCUGGCUUAUGCAGCUAGUGUGGUUGAGACGUGGAAGAAGAACAAGAGGGUAAAUAUAAACAAAGACGAGCUUAAAUCCACUUCAAAGGCAAUAGAGACUGUCCACAACCUCUGCUGCAAUGAAAACAAAGGAGCAACAGAACUUGUAGCUGAACUCAGCACUCUGUAUCAGUGCAUCAGGUUUCCAGUGGUUGCCAUGGGGGUGUUGAAAUGGGUGGACUGGACAGUCUCUGAACCUCGGUACUUUCAGCUCCAGACAGACCACACACCAGUUCAUUUAGCGCUGCUGGAUGAGAUUAGCACGUGUCACCAGCUCCUGCACCCUCAGGUUCUCCAGUUGCUGAUAAAGCUAUUUGAGACAGAACACUCCCAGCUAGAUGUCAUGGAGCAGCUGGAGUUGAAGAAGACCCUAUUAGACCGCAUGAUUCACCUGUUGAGUCGAGGCUAUGUGCUACCUGUAGUUGGCUACAUCCGCAAGUGCCUGGAAAAGCUCAACACAGACAUCUCACUCAUCCGUUACUUUGUAACUGAGGUGUUGGAUGUGAUUGCUCCCCCAUACACAUCAGACUUUGUACAGCUUUUCCUACCCAUCCUGGAGAACGAUAGCAUAGCUGGCACUAUCCGUACAGAGGGAGAUCAUGACCCUGUGGCUGAGUUCAUAGCUCAUUGCAAGUCUAACUUCAUCAUGAUGAAUUGAGAUCAGCCCUGAUUGAGGAUGCAGCUGGAAGAACAGGGAAAGACUGAAUGCAGGACCUCUAAGCAAACAAUGUCAGUUGACUGGCAAUUGGAACAGUACUGCUUUUGGGGCACACUGAAAUAAAUUUUCACACAAACUUUGGAAUUUGUCACAAUUGAGGUUGUACAAACCCAAUUUGACAGGUGUUUAGAACAAUUAAAAUGUAGUGGUACAUUGUCUGCCAGUCUAAAGGUGAAUCUUUGAAAUAAGUUAUAUAUUUAAAUGCUUUAGGAGCAGACUAAGGACAAUUUUGGCAGGCACACCUUCAUAAAUCUAGCAUUUUUUACCUUUAUGUAAUAUGGUUGUAUAUACAGAGUUUUUGAAUAAAUGUGUUUGGCAUUCAAUUUCUCACAAAUCCAAGAUGUUAAUCUGUACAAAGUAACAUUGAUGAAUGUAUUCUAGGCUCAAGUUGUACCUUAUGCUAUUGUCCAUGUUCUGUCAGCAUGGUGUCAAAUGUAUUAAUUCAUUUGUUUUCAUGAUUGUCAAUUAAUAAAUUUCCCUACUUAUGAUCGUUACAGAAAA